AAUGCUUGGACGCCGUGAGAGGAGGCAGUUGGCGUCAACAGUAGACAGUUGUAAACAGUUGACAGCAUAGAAUAUGGCGGCGGCAACUGCAGCAGCAGCAGCUACUGGAGCCCCCAAGUUCCUCCUCCGGUGCAGGCACUCCCCCUCUUCUGGGCCUGCAAACAACUUCAUGGCCUCUUCAAAAGCUGCCAUCCAUAUCCCACAUUGCUUCUCUUCCACAAGGGCCAAAGGGUCUUUCCCCAUCCGAGCUCUUGACCCUCGCAGACGACAAGAGGAAGAAGAAGCAGAAGAGAAUUCAAGCAUAGUUAACAACGCCACCGGUUUCAACUAUCGGAAUGAUUUGGAAUAUCUGGGGAUGUUGCUAGCUGGUUCUAUUGUCGGUGGAGCUGUAAUAAAGUAUGGCAGCAUAGUUUUUCCUGAGAUAACCAGACCCAACAUCAUACUGGCCCUUAUUAUGAUAUUUACUCCUGUCAUUAUAGCUACUUUACUUCUGAUCAAGCUGUUAGCGACAUUAACUCCUUGCCUCAAUCAAGCGUGAUCUCUUCCCCAAAUCAAGCUCAUUAACACUAAUAUCUUCAGUUACUGUAUUAGCAUUGAUAUUAGGCUAAACUUGUGGAUCUUACUUUAAUAUGCAGUUAUUGUUAGGCAUGUAAUAAUCUGCUAUAUAUAUGUAAACUUGAAAAUCAUUCAUCAAUGAAAAUCAUAUUCAACAUGGU